AUGAGUGAUAAUGAAAGUGAUUAUGAAGGUUUUUUAGUUUUUGAUUUAAACUGUGAAACCAGUGAUAAUAUAUCAAUUGGUUCUAGUAAUGGGGCUAUUUUAGUUGUCAGUCAAGAAAAUCAAUCUCACAUAACAAAAAAAGACAAUGAUUGCCUGACUAAUACAUUAAAUUCUGGUGAUAGUGAUUCAUCAGUAAAUGUUGCAGAUUCUGAAAAACCUAUUUUACAUAAUAUAGCUGAUAUAAAGACAAGAUGGAAUUCAAAAUACUAUUCAUGGAAAUGGCUACUUAAAUUAUAUAAAGCACUAUUUGAUGAUGCCACUACUUAUUUUAGUGGCUCACAGUAUGCUAUCUUAUCUAUUAUAUAUCUUUUAAUUGAAGCGCUUAAAUAUAAAUUCGUUGAAUUUGAUAUAACAAGUGAUACACAAAACAAUGAACAAGAAUCAUCAGAUGAUGAUAGUAAUGAUUCAGAAUUUGAUACUUCAGAGUUAACUGAUGAUUCUUCUCAAAUCAUCAAUUGGGAUGAAGAAACCCAAGAAAGAGCCAAAGCUGAGUUAACUCAUAAAUUCAAAAAUAUAGCUACUUCAAAUUGUGAACCAACAAUAGCAUCAAUAUAUACUACUUUCUUAAAUAGUAACAAUCUUCAUCGCAAUCGUUUACACACCUCAAUUUUUGGUAAAUCUGCCUCAAGCUACACUGCUUCCAAUCCUUUAGCUAAAUUAGAAUGCUAUCUAGAUCUCACACGAACUCCUAUUACCGAAGAUAAUACAAGCCCAUUUGAAUGGUGGGCAAUUUGGAAAACAAAAUUUCCUAAUAUAGCAAA